AUGUACCGCGACCUUCGUAAGUUAUGUUGGUGGCCAGGUCUUAAGCGUGAGAUUACAGAUUUUGUGGGUAAAUGUCUGACAUGCCAGCAGGUUAAGGCUGAGCAUCAGUUACCUUCGGGUUGGUUGCAACCAGUCAAGAUUUCGCUUUGGAAGUGGGAGAGAAAGCUGGCUAAAUUGUAUGUGUCUAAGAUAGUUAGAUUGCAUGGGGUACCGGUUUCAAUAAUAUCUUAUAGGAAUCCUCACUUCAAUUCUCGAUUCUGGAAGAACCUACAUGAAGAUCUAGGUACAAGAUUGGACUUCAGUACUACGUUCUAUCCUCAGAAGGACGCUAUCAGUCUAGCAUUCAGAUGGCACCCUACGAGGCAUUAUAUGGUCAUAGGUGUUGCACACCUUCAUGUUGGACUGAGUUGGGCAGAAGUUGUAUACAGACCUAAAGCGUCAGAGAUAGAGUAUUCUGUAGGGGACUUCAUUUUUCUCAAGGUCUCACCAUGGAAGAAAGUAUUGAGGUUUGGCCGCAAGGGCAAGCUGAGCCCUAGAUUUAUUGGGCCUUAUCACAUUCUGAAACGAGUGAGGCCAGUGACAUAUCAGUUGGAAUUACCUCCAAAGUUGGAUCGCACACACGAUGUUUUUCACGUCUCGAUAUUGAGGCGCUACCGCUCUGAUCCCAUGCAUAUUGUUCUUAUUGAGGAAAUCGAGGUCAAGCCAGAUCUGACCAUUGAGGAGGAGUCAGUUCAGAUAUUGGAGCGAGAUGUAAAGGUUUUAAAAAGAAAAUCCAUCCCACUGGUUAAAGUUCUUUGGUGUAAUCAUAGCUCUGAAGAGGCCACGUGGGAGCCUGAGGAUGCGAUGCGACAACAGGGAAGAUUGUGGAGCAGUAAGUUCGUUCUUGGAUUGAGAAGUGGUUAUAAAGGUCCUAUGUCGGCGGGCUUCGAUGCGCUUGGGAGUGCUUACACGUCAAAAGUAAUACAGGUGUGUAAACACAAUAUUGGAAGCAGAAAUCUACGAAAAACCGAAAAGAAAUGA